AUGGGUGUUAAUAAGACUAUCUUGAAGGAAGGUACUGGUGCCACUCCCAAUGUCGGAGACACUGUCACCAUUCAGUACACCGGAUGGUUGAAGGAUGAGGCCAAGGGAACUACUCUCGAUGAGAAAAAGGUUACCCCACCAUUCGAUUCUUCUGUUGGCCGCGGUGCCUUCGUUGUUCAAAUCGGUGUUGGUCAAGUCAUUAAGGGCUGGGACGAGGGUGUUACCACCAUGAAGGUCGGUGAGAAGGCUACUCUGGACAUUACACCUGAUUACGCCUAUGGUGCCCGUGGUUUCCCCCCUGUCAUCCCAGCUCACUCGACUCUUCUCUUUGACGUUGAGCUUCAGAAGAUCAACUAA